CGACCCCGUCAUCACCCGAAGUAGAUCGGUUAAUCGACGGGCAGCCAACAUGAAUGCUAAUGCAAAGAAUCUGAAUCCGCAGCAGAAUGUUAAUCGACCAAAUCCUAAUCAACCCGCCCCACGAGCACGGGCUCCCAUGACGCCACCUGAUCUUUAUCUGUUCGACCUUGCACAUCAUCUCGCAGGAUUUUGGUUGGCCACGCUCCGAGCACAGCAGUGUGACGAUAACGAAGCUCAGGUAAACAUUCCCGCUCGCUUAGGAGGAGACGCUCAUCACUGGUUUAGUACCUAUGUAUGGGUAGAUCUUCCGACCUUCGAACGAGAUUUUCUGAAUCGAUUCGAUUAUGUCCAUCCUGAGCAAGCACUUUAUAUGAUCAAAGACCGGGUGCAAAAACCUUUCGAGUCUAUCGCAGAGUAUCGAAACCGGUUCUACCGAAUGUUUAUAAAGACUGAGCGAGGCGAGCAAGUCGGGAGAGAUUUGUUUAUUGAUGGGCUUCGUAGCCGGACGAUAAGGGCGAAGCUGCGAAAGCAGUUCUCCCCCAUCAAUCACACGCUGCAACAGAUCAUGGCCGCUGCAGAGGACAUGGAACGAAAGUUCGCGGCGAACUUCCUGGAAGGAGAAGACUAUCCUAAGGAAGGGGAUUCGUUCGAACUCGCAAGGGCAAGAGCUGAGUUGGCCGCGUUGCAGAACAAGUUCGAGAAUAUGGGAUUUGCGACUGGCCCGGUCACCUAUCUGGAAAAGAUAGCCCCUAAACGACCCGCCCCGCGUGUAAUCCUAAGUGUCCCUGUUCCUGUAAUACCGGCACUUGUAAUGAUGGCACCCCCGCCACCGAUUGAGAACCCGUGGUCGGCGUGCUUGGAGGAGCUAGGAAGCGGCCGCAACCCACCGUCACGGCGCGAUUAUCUGGACCCGCACAAAAUAGUCGAUCUCGCCUUCUUUCAAGAUCGAACGGCCUCCGAGAACGAGGAGGUAGAAAUUGAAGCGGAGGAGGAAAGCUCGGAAGAAGAAGAAGAAGCCGAAGAAGAGGCCGACGAGGAAGAAACUCCCGAAGAGGGGAGUUAUAGUGAGCACAGCGAAGGGGAGCAAAGUGAGGAGGAGGAGAAGGAAGAAGAGCAAGACGACGAGGAGGAAGAAGAAGGAGACCAGGAGCAGCUGGAAGAGUCGGAGUGGGAAGAUUUUGAGGAGGAAGUGCGUGACGAGGCUCGGGCGCAGGCCCAGGCGCAGAAAAAGAAAGAGAUCGUGGCCAGGAAGCGAUAGUUGGAAUUCGCCAGCGCAGCCGAUCAGCCGCUCACCGAAGAUC